UUCACAUCACACUUUACACUCACAUUUCCAGAUCUACAAAGAAACACUUGUUCUCUCAACUCUCACUGCUGUAUAAUAAAACUCUGCCACAUCUUAUUUUGCCUAUCAAUUCUUAGAUUUGAUUCAUUUAACUCCAAAGAAGAAAGAAAGAAAGAAAAAAAAAAAAUGAAAGGAGAAAUACUGAAAUCUUCAACACUAAUCAAAAUAGUAUCCUUUACAUUACUCUCAAUAGCUUUCUUCUACUUCGGUAAACACUACUCCGAUGGAUCUCAACAACUCAUUUUCUUCAACACACACCAAAACUCACCCACAACUUCUCAAUUCGUCACCAUUUCCCCUAAUUUCAACAAAACUUACACUUUACCCCCCAUAAUUAACCAAACCACCACCAAAUCACCGGAAUAUUCAAUUCCGCCGCCGCCGCCGCCACCGGCGGUGGAGAGGAUGGGUGUAUUAGAUGAGAACGGAGUAAUGAAGGAUGAAUUUGAAAUUGGGGAUUUUGAUAAAGUGGAAAAUUGGGGUAAUGAAACGGAUGUAAUUGAAAGUGAUGGGGGUAAAGUUAAUAAAUUUAAGGUUAAGAAGUUUGGGCUGUGUCGAGCUAGUAUGAGAGAGUAUAUACCGUGUUUGGAUAAUGUGGAAGUGAUUAAGAAAUUGAAAACAACUGAAAGAGGUGAGAAAUUUGAGAGACAUUGUCCUGAAAAAGGUAAAGGAUUGAAUUGUUUGGUUCCGCCACCACGAGGUUAUCGAACUCCGAUUCCAUGGCCAAGAAGUCGCGACGAGGUUUGGUUCAGCAAUGUUCCUCAUGCACGUCUAGCUGAGGAUAAAGGGGGUCAAAAUUGGAUAUUGAUAGACAAGGACAAGUUCAAGUUUCCUGGAGGUGGCACGCAGUUUAUACAUGGAGCUGAUCAGUACUUGGAUCAGAUUGAAAAGAUGCUCCCCGAAAUUGCAUUUGGCCGUCAUGUCCGAGUUGCUCUAGAUAUUGGCUGUGGUGUGGCAAGCUUUGGUGCUUAUUUACUAUCAAGGAAUGUGCUCACCCUGUCUGUUGCUCCAAAAGAUGUUCAUGAAAACCAGAUUCAGUUUGCUCUUGAACGUGGUGUGCCUGCAAUGGUAGCUGCAAUUGCAACACAUCGUUUACUUUAUCCAAGUCAGGCAUUUGACCUAAUCCAUUGUUCAAGGUGUAGGAUCAAUUGGACCCGUGAUGGUGGGAUUUUACUACUGGAAGUCAACAGAUUACUCCGUGCUGGUGGAUAUUUUGUUUGGGCUGCACAACCUGUUUAUAAGCAUGAAGUAGCCCUGGAAGAACAAUGGGAAGAGAUGGUCAAUCUUACCACUCGUCUUUGCUGGAAUCUUGUGAAGAAGGAAGGUUAUAUUGCUAUAUGGCAGAAGCCCAUGAAUAACAGUUGCUAUUUAAACCGCGAGGAAGGAACCCAACCACCUCUUUGUGAUCUACAUGAUGACCCAGACAAUGUUUGGUACGUUGAUCUGAAAGCAUGUAUUACACGACUACCUGAAGAAGGAUAUGGUGCAAAUAUUACCGAUUGGCCUUCACGCCUGCAGUAUCCUCCAGAUAGGCUCCAGAGCAUACAAGUAGAUUCUUUUAUGUCUAGGAAAGAGCUUUUCAAGGCAGAGUCAAAAUUCUGGAAAGAAAUAAUCGGAAGCUAUGUCCGCGCCUGGCAUUGGAAGAAGUUCAAACUUAGAAAUGUGAUGGAUAUGAGAGCUGGUUUUGGAGGAUUUGCAGCAGCAUUAAUUGAAAAUCAACUGGAUUGCUGGGUUCUAAAUGUUGUCCCUGUUAGUGGUCAAAAUACCUUACCUGUCAUCUUUGACCGUGGACUACUUGGAGUCAUGCAUGACUGGUGUGAACCAUUUGAUACUUACCCAAGAACGUAUGACUUAUUGCAUGCGAAUGGUCUCUUCUCCAUCGAACAAAAAAGAUGCAACAUGUCGACUAUCAUGCUUGAAAUGGACCGGAUAUUAAGGCCGGGUGGACGAGCGUACAUCCGUGAUUCUGUUGCUGUCAUGGAUGAACUUCAAGAUAUUGGGAAAGCCAUGGGUUGGCAUGUAACCGUGAGAGACACAUCUGAGGGUCCUCAUGCAAGUUACAAGAUAUUGACAUGUGACAAACACCUUCUACGAGCCUGAGGAAAUAUAUAUAUAAAUGUGAGAGAAAUCAACAUUUGUGUCUGACCAUAUGCUUUUAUUCGAAGAUCAGGAUACUCCAUGGACGUAUCAAAACUCUAUGUUUCUACGGUGAUUGGAGCUGAAAGAUGCUUUGCUAAUGUGAUGGUCCGGCUUCCUCCACGAGCUUUUAUUUGAACCAUGUAGCCUAUAACAUGUACAGCAGAAGACGGUAUAGCUUCACAUGAUGGAGACAAGUGUUAUACUACCAACACGAGAAAUUUACUUCGUUCCUAAAAGCAUAGAUGCGGAAGUUUCAUAGCUUUAUUGUUGUAUUUAUUUUAAUUGAUUGUUCUGUGACUAUAUAUGAGGGUUCUUUUAGUCAUAAGUUUUGCUGUUUACGUGAUUCCAAUGGUGUAUCUUUGUUUUAAGUAUAAUUUACAGCAGAUGUACUGAUUUUUUACUCAAGCUGAGAAAUUCAAACAAUAGAUCCAGAAGUUGUAGAACAAAAAAAGAAAGUAUGCAUCAUAUUGAUUUAUUUAAGUAGGAGUUAUCCCUUCUUCGAAA